AUGGAGCACUUGAUCUCCACCAUCAAGAAAAUAUGGACGCCGCUGCCGGAUCAUUUGAUCCCCGUCGACAUCUCUCCGCGCGAAGACUACAAUCCCCACCAGAUCAACCUUUCGCACUGGCCACCCAUUGAUCUGCUGCAACGCGUCCAGAUCAUUGCCCAGGUUAUUGGAGAGAAGGACUAUUCGUAUGCGCACGCGCGCAUGAGGCGCGCUGUGGAUAUUCGCGUUCAAGAGACUGAAGAAGAUGGGGAGGAAUACUGCGGCGAGGGCUCGAGAAUAUUUGAGGCACAAGAUGCAUCCGCUUUGAUCAAAGAGCUUCGACUUGAGAAGCAGGGCCGCUCGAAGGCACCAGGUAGAGCUGCGUUGCUGGCGGAGUAUGGAGCAGCCAUCGAGCGAUCAGAACACCCGGAGUUUCCGACACCUGCCACUGAAGAGCCUCCAGCUGUUGGAGAGGAUGCGGGUAAGCAAAAGGCUACAGGCCAUCACGAAGGCGAUGAUUUCGAUCCACAUCUGUCGAACUCAACCAGUCACCAAGCAGUUCAGAAUCCUACUCCAGAGUCUUCGCCAACGCAAAUUCAGGUCCAGGCACAAACCAACAUCAACUUGAAAAAUUCUCGCGAGUUUACGGACAAAUCUAGGUGCAUCGACCUUACUACACCACCACACUCGCAGGUAGCUCAGCAAUCGGCUCCUGUAAAGCCCGUACAAAAGCGGAAGAGGGAUGGAGUGAGCCCACCACCCGAAAGCACUCGAAACGUCAGGCGUGUCCCUCAAUCUUGGUUAUCGUCGCAACAAACAAACGAGGAAGACCUGCCGAGACUACAUAAGCAACUUGACAACGUCGCCCCCUUUGCACCUAAGAUUAUGCAGGACUACGGAGCAAAGACCCCCGACACAGAAAGUAGUAUCAUUGGUCAGGAACCUGCUGCACCAGAUGCCACUGCGAUGCAAUCUCCAAUCCAUUCCGUGUCCCCGCAAAUGCCUUCAUCAAGUAGCCUGAGCUCUGCGCCGCCUCAAAGUUCUCCCUCGGAAGAAGGCUUGAUUCUCGAAAAAGUUGUACCCCUACCAAAGGCUCGAUUUGCUUCCUGGCGUCGUAAAGAGCCUAUACCACGACAACUUACGCAAGAAGACCUCGACAGCGAUGAAGGCGACGACGAUCCUUAUGACGGAACUUUCCCAGCAAGACACCCAGCUUUCCCUAGCAGGGAGGAUAAUCUGAUGGCGCAAGUUAGUUUCCUCAAGCUCGAAAAUGAACGCUUGAAAGCGAGCCAGGCCGGUCUUCACGAGUCCCUUGCAACUUUGGUCAAAGACCUGCAUCAACGGCAAACUGAAAUCAACGACCUAAAAAUCAAAAAGACUAGCAAACCAGAGCAUGCUAAACAACUGAAAGCAGCCGAAGACAAGAUCAAAGAGCUUGGGAAGGAGAUUCGAGAUCUCCAGUCGCGCCCUCUCGCAAUCACUGAAAUCUUUGUGCAGACAUUAGACGAAUUGCGGGAGCGGAUGCUUCUGUCUUUCUCCGAUGAGGACGGAAUGUUGAAUAAUGAGGACAUUCAGAAGCUGCAGCGCGCUAUCCAUGCUUCCAACAAAGGAGCAUCAGACGCUACGAUGUUGCAGGAGAACCUCGCACGCGACAAAGAAGUCAGGGACCAAGCGGAACAGCGGUUGGAGGCGGCGGAGAUGGCGCUUCAAGAAUAUCUCGAGGGACUGAGCCCGACUCUUCACGCUGAACUAAUGUCCCUGAUUGGCGAUCUUGAGAACGCCCGCGACGCGGCUGUUGCUGCGGAACGCGCUGAAGAGCGGUCUCAGGACCGCCUGUCGAGACAUAAUCUGAUGAAGAUGCGUGCGGAUCAGUACAACUAUUUGGCGGAACAGAAAAACGGUGGGCUUAACAUCGACCCUCUCAUGAGAGACUUGCUGGUUCCGAUUGUAAGGCUCAGGGGUGCGGUGGGCCCCUCAACUAGCAGCCAAGCUGGAAUGAAGACUAGAUCUGGAUGCAGCGCAGGCGAAAAGAAGUAA